ACCAGUUGCGCGAUCAUACAGUACGCAUAUUACACGUAUUAUGAGUUGAGGAGUUUGGACUUCGCAAAUAUUUCACUUUUUGUUCAGGUAUUUCAACAGACAGACAUGCCUUGACAUGUUAACGGAUCGCACUGUGGACUGACAUACAUGUGGCAAGCAGUGGGCUUGGGAACAGCUAACGAUUAGGGUUUAAGGUGCCAGCGAAACCAGUCUGUCAUUCCAGAGCACUUGAUCACGAUGAUGCAGCUCGGAAGUGAUCUUAUGCACAGACAUGCUUUUUGAGCCACUUUGUUGAGAGUACUGUAGGCCUACAACAGGGAGAUCACUGGAUUGAUUUGCUCAGCCAAAAAAGUGAGUCUUUGUACUGGACUUGCAGUGUACCCACUUCAGUUUGCCCCCUGCCUUCUGUCAACAACCCCGAUUUCCUGUGGCCACAACAGCUCAGCUCAAGAAAACACACUGAUCCCGGGAUCCAAGUAGGUCACAGAUUCUCUGGAAAGCACUGAAUUUUUCACAUCAGUUCUUGGAAGGAUAAAGAGAUUUCUCUACGAGGGAGGUAAACAACCGGAUGUUGUUUGUAAUUUCAGUUUGGAAUCUGUGGUUUUAUUCACCAAGCAUUAUCCUACGUCUACACGAGGGAGUUACAGUGGAUGGACUGUGGAAAUGAAAUGAUUCCCAAGCAAUAGAUCAGCUUGAUGCUCAUGCGUAAGUCUCAUUUCCGCAUCUGGUAAAUUUUUGAUGCACUUCAAGAAAAAUUUGGAACACACUGGCAGUGAUGAAUUAAUUUAUCAAUUAAAUUUCAGUGCGCAUCACCUGGAUAAAACUUCAAUUAUUUUUCUGGACAUGAAAUGUCAAUAGCUACUUAAGUGGGUAGUGGAAGAUUAGUAAUUCAUGACAGAACUCAGUUUCAAAUCCUUUGUUUGCUGCUUUUGGUGACAGAACUUGAAUAUUAAACAAAUACCUCUGCUUUAAAUCAGAACAGUGUAUGGCUCCACCUUCAUUGAGACUAUUUAAAGGUCACCCAUGAACACUAUUUCCACCGGCUGUAGCCUUCAAUAAAAACGACAGGCGUUCCAUCAAAACGUCUUAUCUCUUGUCAGCAAAGAGACAUUGAUUUAUGCCUAAAGGAACUAGCAAUGAACAAACCAGAUCUGAUCUGGAAAUGCAGUUGAGCACUUCAAUUCAUCAUCUGAGGAGACUGUGAGAUUGGUAAAAAAUAACAAAUCUUAAGUCCCUGUUCAAAAGAAAUUGACUACCUUGAACUUGUACCUGUAGUAAUCGCGUGAGGACUUGCCAAACAACUUUGAAGACAGAAAAUGUCCAACGCUUUGCAAGAUAUGUCUCGGGACAAUCUGACGACAUACAAGUUGGUGGUUGUCGGGGAUGGAGGUGUCGGGAAAAGUGCCAUCACAAUACAGUUCUUCCAGAAGAUGUUUGUUGCCGACUACGACCCGACUAUCGAAGAUUCGUAUAUUCAGCACACAGAGAUUGAUGGAGAAUGGUGCAUCCUAGAUGUACUGGAUACUGCUGGACAAGAGGAGUUUAGCGCCAUGAGGGAGCAAUACAUGAGGAAAGGAGACGGUUUCUUGAUUGUCUACUCAGUCAUUGAUAAAGCCAGCUUUGAGAAUACCAAGUCUUUCUACACGCAGAUACUCCGAGUUAAAGACAGAGAUGCCUAUCCCAUGAUUCUCGUUGCCAACAAAGUGGACCUUGUUCACCAACGGAAAGUGUCGGAAGAGGAUGGCAAGGCAUUAGCAGCAGAGCUUGGGAAAACGUCCUACAUAGAGACAAGUGCCAAGGACCCGCCGCAGAACAUUGACAGGGCUUUUCAUGAGGUGGUUAGAGUCAUCAGGAGGCAACCAGUGGAUCGAGCCGCUAAACGUCGUAGCAGGAGAAGCAAGCGUAGCACCAAGCAACAGAAGUGUGCCAUCUUGUGAUUGCAUGUUGAUAAGUAGUCAUAGGAGUGCAUAGAGUAGUCUUGGAUUACUGCAGGUCCCAUACUAGACCGAUCCUUUAGACUCUACCCACUCUGCACAUGGGCAAAAACACAUGCACCGCUCCAAUGCAUGUCAGACAUUUGUGCAGGGAUGUUGGACAUGAAUCUGUGAUUGGUCAUAACAUCAGUGGGCAGGGCUUAAUGGAUGGGUCUGUUGACUUAUUCUGUGAGUAUGGGUACAGACAUUUCUUGAGCACGAGUACAAGUUUAACUUGGUUUCCAUAUUGACGUUAAGCUUAUGCAGACUGUACAGACUGCGCAGGAACCAUCGGCAAAGUUGAACCAGGUUCAACUUUGCCGAUCCUCUGCGAAAUAGUUUGGGUCUGUCUGGGUUGUCGUGACAUUUCCGGUUGAAAUGUUUCCAUAUGUCUGCGUUGCAGUUUGGGGUUUUGUUUGCUUUGCUCUCUGCGCUUCUUACGUCGAUAUGGAAACUAGGCUUUAGUCACAAGUCAUCCACUCUCAGGUCAUGUGACAAAGGCAUUCCAUGUACUUUGUUAUUGUUCAUACAGGUGACCUGACCCGUGAAUUGACUUGUUCUGGACUUGACCUUCCCUCUCGUUGUUUUAGUCCUUGGCUUGAUGAUGACUACAGACAUGUCGCUUCGAGUGCAUUCAUGUCAGCCAUUAAUUAUACUUAACGGUUGGGCCUGGCCCUAAACAUACACGUCUGAUUUUUAUUCACUUUAAAUUGAAGAACUAAUUCUUCAGACGCAGGUUGUCUUUGUGUGUGAUUAUGUUGCCUAGGAAACGGGGUCCAUGAUGCUGGGGGAGGGGCUCCACCUCCCUGCCACAAAGGACCUAGAAUCAUACCUAUGUGAAUUGCACAUGGAACAACACGGAGAUAGCAUGUAGAUUAUUAUUAGGGAUGUCUUGUUCGUUCCACUUUGAUCUUACAACUCAUUUGCAGUGCUAUGGAGCCAACGUGUGUGUAUUGUCGCAUCGAUAUAGAUUGUGUUCUUAUCCAACUCUGCAAUGCAACCACUCUUGUUAAAUUAACAUUGUUUAUUAUUUGUAGGGAUUCACACUUACCAGUGCAACGUAUUAAAAACUCUCAAAGUAAGUUUUGUGCAGUUGCAGUAUGAUUUGGAAAUUCAACAAGCUGCCCAUUUAAAAAGCUGGAAGAAAGUGUGCCAUCUACAUGUAGCUGUUGUGAUUUUAAUAAUGUGUGAUGCCUGCUCUGAAGAAUUUUUAACAUUCAAAUUUUUUAUACCUGCAAUUGACUCCCCUGGUGGGAGAUAUUUUGUGACUUUUUGAAAUUGCUUCAACUGUCAAAAAUUGAUAAUGACUGUGAAUAUUUAGUGAUGGUACAUUGUGGGUGUACAUGUAAUGUGUAGAAAAGAACUAGUGUUUAACUUGUUGAAACUUGUCCAUGGAAUAUCCAGUAAUGUAAGUUGUGAACUCAAAUUUCAAUGCACAAAGUGAACAUGUUAAAUUUUGUUCCUCAAAUGGCACUUUAGGAUUCCUGAAAGGCAGAAUUGAAGAUUUCCCCCUCGCCUUAAACAUAUUAAACACAUCACAAGCAUGUACACUAUUAUAUGUGUACUGGGGUAAUUUGUAUAAAAUUUGUAACUCUUCUGAAAUUUUACUCUGUUAUUUCUUAUCAAUUUGUUGUAGUAUCCAUCUCUUCACUUGCCUUCCAAAUAAUUUGGCCGUCUUGAGCAUUAAUUCAAUCUGUAAGUAUAGCAAUUGAUGUAAAUUAAAUAAUUGUAUUCGCAUCACAUUUGUUUCUUUGAGAUGGUGCUUUGCAUUGAACCAUUUUUAUAAAAUGCAAAUUUUUUUAUGUAGCCUCAAGACGUCUGACAACAUUGCCAAUUCUAUUUUUAAUUGUGUAAUUGUGGCAACAUUUGCGGUAACAAUGCCAGUGGUGUUUUGACUGGUCUGAAAGAAACCUAGCCAGUGUCCCAUAUUAAAUGGGUAGUUUACAUCUGAACGAAUGGAGCCCAUUCAUAUCAAAUUGUGCAGUAAUCAUAAUGAACUAUUUCUUGUGUAAAAAUUAAUUUAUUUUUUACGUAAACAUAUUGGUACAGUUUUGUAAUAUAUUUCAUUUGGUAACUCUAAAUGGUGAACAUGUAGGUACAUAUUGGUAUCGUUGGUACAUGUUAUCUGCAUGUAUUUUAGUAAUCAAAGAAAACGUUUAUUUCCAGUAACUGUUUCUUGAAUUGAAAAUUCAGGAAUAGUGAAAAACCUGCUCUUAUUUUGGAUUUAUUUACCAGAGAGGCUUCUCAGACUUGCGGCAUUGUGCUUUUUCACGUGUUUCUGUGUAAAGCCAACAGUUUCAUUUUGCAAAUAGGUUCAUUAUAUAUCAUUUACCAUCUACAUGUACAUGUAUACUGGAAACAACUCUACAAAUCCUGAAAUUCAGAGCAAGUUUUUCACUCGGUGGUCUACUGGAGGAUUGAAUAUGAUAAAGCUGAAUGGUCCUUGCAGAUUGUCAAUGUUGCCAGUUUUAGAACGUGGUCCUCUGAGAAAUAGCAUGUACCGGUACAUGUACAAACCUACAUGUACAUGUAUAUUGUGUACAUUUUUCAUGGUUUUGGAAUGAAACCUCUGGAACAAAAACUGAGCGAUGGGGAGGCAAACAACCUACAUGUAUGCAGCACUGGAUCUCAGAGCUUACAGUAACCAUUCUGCAGGUGCCAGGGCUUUAUCAUGUUUGUCAUGUUUGUCAGGGAACGGCUGUAUUAGGGGCGUAAAUCCAAAUCCGUUCUUCGACCAAGACUGCUUGUGGAUUAUAGUCGACUCUCGUUGAUACAAAGUCAGCUGGACCCAUGAACCAACAUGCCCACGUACUCCAUUCGUUUGCACAACUCUUUCUGGUUCUAAAUGACAUCACACUUCGAUACUCUAUAACUGGAAUUUGUAUUAACAGUGUUUAUAUCAACAAGAGUUGACUGUUUGCCCUGUUGCUUGGUGUAUAUCUACAGGCAUGUUGUGUCGAGAAGUGUCAGCUAUCCUUCAAAAAGAGUAUAGAACGCCAAAGUUCAAAUGCUGAAUAAAUGAACCUUCAGCAAAACUAAACUAAGGAGAUCCAUAUCGUUUCGGUUUGCAGUAACACCAUGUGGUAAUAACUACUGCUUAGAAGAUUUUUAGUUCUGAAAAGAACUUGUCCUGCUUAUUAUCAAAUUUCGCUAAGUACAUAAGAACAGUCCUAAAAGAACUUAUCUUUUAGAACUAAAAGCAGGACGUUUGCCAAGUAGCUUUUGUUCUGAUAAGAACAGUCCUGCUUUAAGUUCUAAAAGACAAGUUCUUUUAGAACUGUCAUGUACUUACAAUCUUUAAAGCAGUAGUUAUUACCACGUGGUGUUACUGCAAACCGAAACGAUACCGAUACUCCAUCAUGCAAAGCCUCGUAUCUUAUAGGAGAUCCAGUCACAAGCUGUCAAAUGGUAUAGUUUGGCUGUUUAAGGCGUUGUGGAUUCUGUGCUUAGUAAACUGCCUUUAGUUGCUCAUUGACAUAAAAACGACAUGAUACAUUGCUUUGAAAUGUAAUUAAUACAAAUCGCAAUUUCUAUUUAUGUGUGUUAGAUUUGUACAUCUACAUGUAUACUGUAUUCUGCUCACAUUUGAAAUAAAUGAUAACAACUUUUUAAUUCCAAA